CCCUUCUCAUUUCACAGCCUUCCUUCCCGCUGAUAUCGCUGGUUGCUAGUCCGUGUUCUGGUACUAGUGCUGGAGUACCAGUUUCCGUGUAGCCUAAAUCCCAGGGAUUUGAGCUGAUCUUGUCAACCCAAAUGUAACUACGCCAGUAGCGUAACGUACUUCGUUCUGCUGCCAUGAUUCGCCGUGGCGAACCGGAGUAGGGGGGGACGGAGAUCGUUGCCGUUGUUUGAAGCCGAAUUUUAAACUCUUGUGCCUGACAUCGUUGCUCUGUAGAUCGACAGAACCGCAGUUCCUUCGCGAAAUACGGGUUACGUACGUUACCAUCACCUGCUGGGAGAGCAGGCCCGCCUAAAGGAAACUCUUCACCUGUCUGACAAUUUUCCCGUAUAUGAAAUUUCUCUCAGCUUCUCUUUUGUUCGAAGCCAACGGUGCUUGUUAAGCCCACAGCUGCUUAGCUUGCUGACAUGGUCUAGAUAGCUACUGCCGACGUGUCGCCCGCUAGUUCCCUCCAUGUCAGCAGCCAGCCGUCGCCGGAAGAGCAUCAAUGCUCUGGCGUCCCCCACUCGCGUGUCGACACGUCGGACAUCACGGGCAGUGAUUGACUUGGCACGUGAUGACGUGGAGGAGAGGGAACGGAGUCAGGAGAGAGAGGAGAAAGAGGGUAACCAGGAGCAAGUUGGUAACAAGGAGAAAGAGGGUAACCAGGAGCAAGUUGGUAACAAGGAGAAAGAGGGUAACCAGGAGCAAGUUGGUAACAAGGAGAAAGAGGGUAACCAGGAGCAAGUUGGUAACAAGGAGAAAGAGGGUAACAAGGAGAGAGAGGGUAACAAAGAGAGGGAAGCGAGAGGUACGGGGGGAAUUGAUGGAAGCGAGGGAAGGAGCCCUUACAGGAGAGGGCGUGGAGAGAGAAGGGGAAGAGGAAGAGGGUCAGCGCGAGGCGAGAGAAGGGGCGAGGAGACAAGUCAGCAGCUGGCACGCCUUAACGGAGGUGUCCUUACUUCGGACGUGAUUGUAUUGAAGGAUGGGAGUGAGGACGUUUCAGGCAAUGAUGUGACUGUAUUGAAGGGCGCGGCUGACGACGGUGUGACUAAUGUGAGAGAGGAUGCUGCUGAUGAUUCCAGGAUUGACCUUGCCUCUCAACCGGAAGGAACCACGGGCCAUACGGCACGAGGAGAUGAUGACGUGGCAACUGGAGAUACUGCGAAGCCACUGUCAGCAGACAGAAACUUGGAUGACGUGGCAGCAAAGAAUACACCUGAACCGACUCCUAUGGCGGAGGAUGACAACGGUGUUGGCGAUCAGGAGAGGUCGCAGGUGACGGGUGGGGAGGAGGGAAGAGUGGCAGAGGGAGGCGUGGCAGCAGAGAAUGCGCUUGAGUCGACUCCUAGAACCGAGGUCCACAGAGGUGCUCGUGGUCUAGAGACCUCCGGGGACUAUGGUGGCGAGGUGGCAGAGGGAGGCGAGGAAGGGGGAGGCGUGGCCGAGUCAAGACAGGCGGGUGCUGUUGAGGGCUGCUGGGAACGAGGGGUGGGAGACAUAGUUGACCCGCUGACUGCCUCCCAGCCUGCUUUCGAUUCGACUCAAGAGGGAGGCGUGGCAGAGGGAGGCGUGGCAGAGUCAAGACAGGCGGGUGCUGUUGAGGGCUGUCAGGAAAGGGAGGUGGGAGGCAUAGCUGACCCGUUGACUGCUUCCCAGCAUGCUGCUCCGUGUGCUGAUGUUCCCAUGGAGGACGCCUGGAGUCUGCUGCCGAUGGAGGGUCCGGGUGAGGGUGCUGCAGUAGUGGGGCGAAGCAAGGUUGCAGUGGUAGCAGGAGCAAGUGGUUAUCCCAAGAGAGAGGUGGGGUUGGACGAAGGGGAUGACGAAGGGCGGGACGGUGAAUCGAGAGAAGGUGGCUGUAGGGUUGGCGAAGAUGCUUGUGUGGAGGAUGCUCGGGAGAGGGAUUGCGAGGUGUUGGAUGAGGAGGGUGAUGAAAAGGAGGGUGGUGGAAAGGAGGGUGGUGAAAAGGAGGGUGGAGGAAGCGACGGUGCUCUUAUUGAGUUGCCGAGCCAGCAGCAUGAUCUGGUGUCGUCCCAUGGGGGCCAGCAUGCGGUGCAUCAGGCAUGCUCCUCCCAGCCGUUUCCCUUCACCAGAGACCAGUGCCAGCAGUGGCUAGACAGGGUUGAAGGGCGCACAUUCACAUAUCCCACCAGGCAGCAGCUGGGAGCAGUGGAGGUGAAGGCAGCGGAUCUGCAGCGGUUGCUGCCGGGGGAGUGUUUGAACGACACUGUCAUCGACUUCUAUGUCAAGUUCAUUGAACAGACGGUGCUGCAGGGGCCGCAGCGGUCGCGGUUCCACUUCUUCAGCACCUUCUUCUCCACCUCGCUCUUCAAGGCGCACGAGCGCUUCAAAGUGAGUCAGGACCCCCAAGAGCUGACACGGCUCACCAGGUGGACUCGAGGCACGGACAUUUUCUCCAAGGACUUCAUCGUCAUCCCCUUCCAUGAAGCGUUCCGCAGCCACUGGAGUCUGGCCAUCGUCUGCUUCCUCAGUAAGGACGUGCGGAAGACUUCUCGCAAGGCGUCAGGAGAAAACAGCAAGGGCUCAGGAGGAAGCAACAAAAAGGCAGGAGAAAACAGCAAGUCGUCAGGGGGACCAGGAGAAGGCAGCAGAGAAACACGCGGAGCAGCCAAGCUACGGGAAGAGGGCAAGGGGUUAAAUGGGGCCAGGAGGGGCAAGGGUGGAAGCAUGAGGGGGAAGCUGGACCUGGAGGAUAGAAGGGGGAGAGUGGAGACCUUUCAGGACAUUCCGAAAGAAAAGAGGGGGGAUAUGAAAGGAAACGGGGGGGUUGUGCAUGGCAGCAAUGGGAGAGCGCAGAAUGGUGGGAGGGCUCUGUUGCGUGGUAGAGAAUUCUCCACUUUAAAAAGCAGCCGAUUAUUAUCCCCUUUAAAAGGUGGUAGAGGGAUGAAAGCCGCGGCAGGUGGGCGGACACCCAAAAGGGAAGCUGAGAUUCACGGGUUGGAGGGGAAUAGAGGGGGAAAGGUGCGAGUGAGGAGAGCUGCUGACGUGGCAGAAGUUGCUGACGUGGCCGCGGAGGAAAAUGAGGCCUGCGGAGGGGGGACUUGGAAGGGUCGAAGGAGCGAAAGAAGAGUGAUGAGGCUUGCUGACGUGGCAGAAGUUCCAGGGAGGGUAGAGGAAGAGGCAGGGGUGGUGGAUAUGGCGAAGAAGAAGAGAGUGAGGCUUGCGGAUUUAGACCAAGUCACCACCCAGUCUGGUGAAACGGAGCAUGGUGCUGGCAGGGUACGUGCCGGCAGGUCUCACGUGAAGCGGAGGAGAGUGGAUGGGCUCGAUGGUUCUGGAGACAAUGCGGUGGGCAGCAUGGAUGCUAUGGGAAGCAUAUGCAGCAUGGGUAACAUAGGCAGCAUAGGCACCAUGGCAUGGGGUGUGAGGAAGCAGGUGCAAUCCCGCAGCAGGGCUCGGGCCAAGGUGGCGGAAUGGGAGCGAGGUGCAAGAGAGGGGGCCUCUGCUGAAGCCAGGGAAGACGAGGGCUGUGCUGCGGGUGUGAAGGAGGAGGAAAGGAGGGGAGACGAGGGGUCUGCUGCGGGCGUGGAGGAGGACAGGAGGGGAGACGAGGGUUCUGCUGCGGGCGUGAAGGAGGAGGACAGGAGGGGAGACGAGGGGUCUGCUGCGGGCGUGAAGGAGGAGGACAGGAGGGGAGACGAGGGGUCUGCUGCGGGCGUGAAGGAGGAGGACAGGAGGGGAGACGAGGGGUCUGCUGCGGGCGUGAAGGAGGAGGACAGGAGGAGAGACGAGGGGUCUGCUGCGGGUGUGAAGGAGGAGGAAAGGAGGGGAGACGAGGGGUCUGCUGCGGGCGAGGAGGAAAGGAGGGGAGACGAGGGGUCUGCUGCGGGUGUGAAGGAGGAGGAAAGGAGGGGAGACGAGGGGUCCGCUGCGGGUGUGAAGGAGGAGGAAAGGGGGGGAGACGAGGGGUCUGCUGCGGGUGUGAAGGAGGAGGAAAGGAGGGGAGACGAGGGGUCUGCUGCGGGUGUGAAGAAGGAGGAGGAGCUAGCUGCGAAGAGGGGCGGAGACACAGGAGGUGGAAUUCGAGAGGCCACUCGAGUGGCUGCUGAAGAGGCCACUGAAGAGGCUACUGAAGAGGCUAUUAAAGAGGCUACUGAAGAGGCUACUAAAGAGGAUACUGAGGAGGCUACUAAAGAGGCUACUAAAGAGGAUACUGAGGAGGCUAUCACUGAAGAGGCUACUAAAGAGGCUACUAAAGAGGAUACUGAGGAGGCUAUCACUGAAGAGGCUACUAAAGAGGCUACUAAAGAGGAUACUGAGGAGGCUAUUAAAGAGGCUAUUGACGAGGCUACUAAAGAGGGUGCUAAAGAGGCUACUAAAGAGGCUACUGAAGGAGCACGUCGAGAUGCCACUGAGGAGGCCACUCGAGAGUCUCCUGUAGAGAAAGAAGGUGAUACACGGGAAGAGGGAGUAACUAAGGGGGGGGGUGUUACAAGGGAGGAGGUUAUUACAAGGGAAGAGGGUGGUACGAUGGUGGGAGGUGAUACAAGGGAGGGAGGUGAUAUAAGGAAAGAAAGUGGCGCGCCAACAGGAGCUGCGGAUGAUGCACAAAUCACAAACAGGGCGAUGGCUGGAGAGAAGACGGGAGCUGCUGGCAUGGGGCAAAAGGAGAAUGGGGAGGCAGCGAUUGUGGCAUAUGGGGUGAGGCUGGAAGGGGCGAUGGAGGAGGGAGUGGAGCAUGAGGAGGAGGUAAGAGAGGAUGAGGUGCUUGAGGAAGGGGAAGGGGUUGACGAGGAAGGUUUAGAAUGGGAAGGGGUAAGGAAGGCCGGCGUGAAAGAGGAAGGAGUGAGAGAGGAAGGAGUGAGUGAGGAAGGAGUGAGUGAGGAAGGAGUGAGUGAGGAAGGAGUGAGUGAGGAAGGGGUGAAUGAAGUAGGAGUGAAAGAGGGAGAGGAGAAAGGGAAAGGGGUGAACGAGGAAGGGGUGAAGGAGGAAGGGGCGAAAGGGGAAGGGGUGAAAGAGGAAGAGGAGGAAGGAGUGAACAGGGAAGAGGAGAGAGAGGGUGGGGUGAAAGAGGAAGGGGAGGAAGGCGUGAAGGAGGAGGGGUGGACGGAAGAGUGUGAGGAGGGAAAACUUAUGGAGUGCGGGGGGAAAGAGGAGAGUGGGGGGAAAGAGGAGAGUGGGGGGAAAGGGGAGUGUGAGGUGAACGAGGAGAGAGAGGUGAAGGAGGAGGAAGCAAGGAAGGGGAAGGUGGAGGAGGAGACGAGGGAGGGGGAGGUGGAGGAAGGGCGGCGAGAUGUAAGGAUGGAUGUGCCAAUUGCUGUUGUAGCUCCUGCACCAGAAUCACCUGCACCAGAAUCACCUGCAUCAGAACCACCUGCACCAGAACCACCUGCACCAGAAUCACCUGCAUCAGAACCACCUGCACCAGAACCACCUGCAUCAGAACCACUUGCACCAGAACCACAUGCACCAGAAUCACCUGCGCCAGAAGCACCUCCACCAGAACCACCUGCGCCAGAAUCACCUGCAUCAGAACCACCUGCACCAGAAUCACCUGCAACAGAACCACCUGCACCAAAAUCACCUGCAUCAGAACCACCUGCACCAGAACCACCUGCACCAAAACCACCUGCACCAGAAUCACCUGCACCAGAAUCGCCUGCACCAGAAUCACCUGCAACAGAACCACCUGCGCCAGAAUCAUCUGCACCAGAAGCACCUGCACCAGAAGCACCUGCACCAGAAUCACCUGCAGCAGAAUCACCUGCACCAGAAGCACCUGCACCAGAAUCGCCUGCACCAGAAUCACCUGCACCAGAACCACCUGCGCCAGAAUCACCUGCACCAGAAGCACCUGGUCGCGGAAUGUCUGCUCUGCAGCUGCUGAUGGGGGCACCACCGGUAGAGCCACAGCCCCUGGGCAAGGCAGGCGCGGGCCUCUGUGUCAGUGCUGCUGAGGGGACUCGUGAGGGGGUCGCUUCUGAGUCAACUCAAAAGGCACCAGCCGUAGAGCCCCAGUCCCUGGGCAAUGCAGGUGCAGGUCUCCAUGUCAGUGCUGCUGAGGGGAUUUGUGAGGGGGUCUGUGCUGCUGCUGCUGUUUCUGCUGAGGGGACUCGUGGGGGGGUCUGCGUUGAUGCUGCUGCUGCUGCUGCUGCUGAGGGGACCCGUGGGGGGGACUGCGUUUAUGCUGCUGCUGAGGGGACCCGUGGGGGGUUCUGUGAGAAGCGGGAAGGGGAGAGAAGCGGGGAGCAUGGGAAGCGGAUGGCAUCUGAAUCGACUCAAGAGUUGCGUGGAAAGGCAGGGAGCAGUGAGGAGGGGAGGGGUCAGGGCGAGGUGAGGGAGGGGGAGAUGGGGAAGGGUGGGGAAAACGGGACGGGAAGCAAGGAGGGGCAGGAUGGUGAAGGGGAGCGAGAUGGGGGAUCUGUGGAAGAGAGAGGAGGCAUGGAGGGGCGGGUUGAGCUGGGGGAGGCGGUAUCUGAUAGUAGCGAGGAUGAUGGGGCUGCUUAUGAAGGGUAUGAGGAGGGCGAUGAGGGGAAGCAUGAGGGGGAAGGGGUAGAGGAGGUGAGAGAGGAAGAUGGAGGAGUGAAUGGAGUGGGCCGGGGAGAAGCGGCGGAGGAGGAAGAAGAGGAGGAGGGGGAAAAAGAGGAGGAGGGGGAAGAAGAGGAGGGGGGGGAAGAAGAAGAGGAGGGGGAAGAAGAAGAGGAGGGGGAAGAAGAGGAGGAGGGAGAGGAAGAGGAGGGCGAGGAAGAGAUUGAAGGAAUGCAUGAGGAGGACAAUGAGGAGGACAAUGAGGAGGACAAUGAGGACAAUGAGGAGGACAAUGAGAAGGAGGCGGAUGGUUAUGGUGGUGCGAAGGCGAGGCAAGCCGGCAGCUGGAAACUUGGAUUGGACGAUGCUGAUGGUGCUAAGUAUGCUGGUGAUGGUGGUGGUGGUGAUGCUGAUGAUGCUGAUACUGGGGAUGAUGAGGCUGAUGACGACGACGAUGAUGAUGAUGAUGACGAUGAUGAUGAUGAUGUGAAGGAGAUAGUGUUUAGAACCUUGCGGGGAGACGGCGGCAGGGGAGGGCGCAGGGGCCAUUCGGGAACGGCUGCGCAGGCGAGAGGGGGACGGGCAAGAGGCAGAGGACUGAGCAGAAAAGCCAUAAGAGGGCAAGGGCAGAGGGGAGCGGGUAGAGGAAGGCGGGUUCAGGUGGGGGGCAGAGGAGGAGGGGGGAGGCAGCAGAGGGGCGCAAAGGGAAGGUUCAGCAGGAAAGCAUUGGAGAAUGGGGAAGAGGAGGAGGAGGAAGAGGAGGGGGAGGGGGGCAGUGGUGGGGAGGAUGUGUUGGAGCUGGUGACGGGGCCGAAUGGUGGCAGGGAGGCGACCAUUCUGUACCUGGACUCGCUGCCCGACAGCUCCAAGUCACAUGCCAUCUACAGCGCCAUCAAGUUCUAUCUGCAGGCCGAGUGGAUGAAGAGGAGCAGGGAGCCGUUGGAUCCCAAGAAGCCGCUGCAAUCUGGGCCGUUCAGCAAAGUGCGGGGGAAGAAAGUCAAGGUGCCAGAGCAGGACAACGACUAUGACUGCGGCUGCUUCAUCCUCUGCUACAUCCAGAAAUUCGCUCAAAUAGCCGCUGCCCUGCCGCGCUCUGCUGACGGUGUGGCAGACAAGCUGAGCAACGACUGGUUCCAGGCGUGUGAGGCUUCGUCACUGCGCCGCCGGCUCUUCUCCAUCGUCACCGAGAUGCUGCUGCCUGAAGACCACCCAACGCCCCAUCCCAUCUCCCCCCCUCCUCAACCCAUCUCUCCACCUCAAACCAUGUCCCCGCCUCAACCCAUCUCCCUUCAUCCAUCCUCCUCUCCACCUCCCCUUGUCGCACCAGAAAUACCCAUGUCCCAACCCUCCAACGCACUUCUGCGUCCCCCCUCUCCUCCCCUCCUUUCUCCUCUUCCAUCUCCUGCUGCCGCUGCUGCUGCUGCUGCUGCUGCCGCUGUUCCUUUUGAUGCCACGACCGCCACAACAGCAGCAACUGGAGCAGCAGCAGUAACCCGAGCCAAAGUAUCAACAGCAGCAGCAGCAGCAGCAGCAACAGGAGCAACGGAAACAGAGAAGGCAGCAGCAACAGCAGCAACAGGAAGGGCAGGAACAGAAGCAGGAACAGAAGCAGUAGCAGCAGCAAGAACCACACGUAGCAAGGCCAAGAGAGGGAGAGGCAGACCGCGGAAGCAAGUGAAGAAUGAGGCGACACACCCGGCUGCUUCAGGUGCUGCUGCUGCUGCUCCAGGUGCUUGUGACACAGCUGCUGGAGUGGGUGAAGGCUCUACUGGUGCAGGCGAUGCUGCUGGUGGUGAUGCGAACAGCACGGCUCCUAUACAGUCUACCCAAGAGGCAACUGAUGUCAAGAAUGACACCCAAGACGACACCCAAGCCGGCAUUCGAGACGGCACCCAGAACGACAGCCGAGACAGCACAAGCAGAGGGAGUGGUGAAACGCUGACUGUGUUUGGCAAGGAGCCUUGGUCCGCAUGGCCGUGGCCAGCGUCCGAGCUGUCUAGGUCUCUCGACACCUGCUCUAUACAGCUCUGGCCAGUUGCAGAACUAUCUAGAUCUCUCGACACCUGCCCUGCACUGCCCUGGCCGGCUACAGCAGUGGAGAAUGGUGGCCGCGAUGCUCCUGGUGAUGGGGAUGGUGAUGGUCGUGUUAUUGCGUCUCCAGGUGUAGUAGGGGCGUUGGGAUAUGCAGGGAGAGCGCCUGUGCUGGUUGCUAUCGUGUGGCAGGAUGAGAUGAGUCAACGUUCACAUGAGAUAGCUCUGAAUUCCAAUGAGAUGGCUAACCAUUCACUUGAGACCGGCACUGGUAGGGAGGUUGUGGCAUGGCCGUUUGGCGAGGGGGGAACUGAGAGGGAAGCAGGCGAAGGGGUGGGGGGAGAUGAGAGAGAAGGGGCGGUGAAUGGGAAAGGGCGUGUGGGGCAGAAGCGGAAGCGAGUGAAAACAGCUGCUGGGUGGGGGGUGAGGAAGAGGGGCAGGAGGGGGGUGAAGGGGCAGGAGGGGGGGGAGGGGAAGAAGGGAGAGGAGGAUGAGGAGGUGGAGGAGAAGAGGCAAGGGGGGGCGGAGGAGGGUAGGACAGAGGAGGAUGGAAGGAUGGAUGUGCGCGUAGCAGGUAAGGAAGAGGGUGGGAUGGGAGAGAGUGAAGGAGAGAGGAGGAAGAGGGGCAGGGAGAUCGGUGCAUUGAAGGAGAAUGGAAGGGAGGAGAGGGGAAGAUGGGUGGUGGUACGGCUUGGAGCAUCUCAGGAGGUGAUUCGAGUGAGGAAGGAGAGAGGGGAGGAGGAAGGCGAGGUGGAGGUUGGUGAGGCGAAGGAUGAGGAAGCGGGGGUGGGAGGAUUUGGGAGAGACGGGGAGGAGCGGUGGGGAAUGGAGGUGGAGGGAAGUGACCUUGAGAAAUCUCAAACACCAACUGUGGGCGAUGACGACGCUCUUGACACAAUGGGCUUGGAGGGUCGGGAGGAGGAGAGGAGAGGACAAAAAAUGAAGAGCGAGGAGGAGAACGAAGGCGAGGAUGAGAAGGGAGAGGAGGAGAAAGGAACUGAGGAGAAGGGAGAGGACAAGGGAGAGGAGAAGGGAGAGGAGGAGAAGGGAGAGUGUGAGAAGGAUAUGGUUGAAGGGGGCGAGGGGGAAGUUGGACUUGGGAACAUGGGGAGACAGGGCAAGGAUUACCUAGAGAAGCAUCAGCACGAGGAGCAAGUGGAGGAGCAGCAAGUGGAGCAGCAAGUGGAGCAGCAACCGGGGCAGCAACCGGAGCAGCAACAGGAGCAGCAACUGGAGCAGCAAGGGGUGGAAGGAAGCAGAGGGCGGACCAAGAAAUGGUUCCUGGAACGCAAAGCAGUGCUGGAGAGGUGGGAGGCAGCAGGGAGGGAAGAAACGGAAGCAGUCGGAUCAGCAGGGGGCCUGGGAGCAGUCGAGCGAAUAGCAGAGGAUAGGUGGGCAGGAGGCAUGGGGAGGGGACGGUUUGAAGCAGGCGGUGUUGCAGCAGUGGAGGUAGGGGCAGCAGCAGGGGCAGCAGCAGCCGGAGCAGCAACAGUGGCAACAGCAGCAGCAGCAGCAGCAGAGGAUGGGUGGGCAGGAGGCAUGAGGAGUGGAGGCAUGGGGAGGGGACGGGUGGGAGCAGGGGAUAUUGCAGCAGAGGAGGUAGAGGCAGCAGCAGGGGCUGCAGUGGCAGCGUCAGCCGCAGCAGCAGUGGUGGCUUCUAUGGCAGCAUUUGUGCGACAGACGCUUGCAGCUGCUGCCCGUGCUGCUGCUGCUGCUGCUGCCGCCGCUGCUGCUGCUGCCGCUGCUGCUGCCGCUGUCAGUGAUGCUGCUGGUCAGGAGGAGGGACGGGCAGGGUUAGAAGCAGCAGGUGCAGGCACAGAGGCAGCGAUCCGAGAAACUGGCCCAGCCAAACAGGUAUUGGUUCCAGAAGCUGACAUGGCACCAGACGCAGCAGCAGCAGCAGCGACAACACCAGACGCAGGAGGCCCUGAGCCGGUUCCAGGGCUUGCUUCAGACCCCGAAUGCAGUCUUGGCCGUCUUGUGCACUUUGGAUUCACUCGAGCGGCAAAGGGGAAGCAGCAGCGGUGGGGGGCAGGGCCUGCGGAGCCUAUGGGAAGAAAAUGGCGGGGGGUGGGAAAUGGCUCUGAAGUGCCACGGCGCAUGGUGGGGUUUGGGGAGCUGGCGGCAUGGAAUGGGGUGUGGCGGGGAGUGAGAGAGGGGGAGUGGCAGGAGUGGGUUGAGGGAUGGAGUGGGGGUGGAAGUUGCAUGGCAGACGUGCCUGGAGCGAGUGAGCAUAAGGAAUUUCGGAGUCAGAUUGGGUUGGACGGGGAGGGUGAGACAGCAGGAGGGGAGGGUCAGACGGCAGGAGGGGAGGGUGAGAUGGCAGGAGGGGAGGGUGAGACGGCAGGAGGGGAGGGUCAGACGGCAGGAGGGGAGGGUCAGACGGCAGGAGGGGAGGGUCAGAGGGCAAGCGCGCCAGCAUUGACCUUACAGAAGGGAGAACGAGAGGAGGAGGGAGAGGAAAAGGAGAGGAGGGAGGAGAGGGAUGAGAGGGAGGAGAGAGAGGGGAGGGAUGAGAUCAGCGAGGGAAGUGAGGGGAGGAAGGAGAAGAAGGCGUGGAGGGAGAAAUCUGAUGUGAAGAAAGAGGAGGGAGGUGGAGAGGGUGAAAGCGAACAGCAUUGGACGGGUUGUGCGGGAAGGGAGGGUGUAAGGCCCGGUGCCCACGAAGGGGAAUUAGAUGAUGGCGCUGUGGAGGAGGAUGUGAAGGAGCAAGUGAAGGAGCAAGUGAAGGAGCAAGUGAAGGAGGAGGUGAAGGAGCAAGUGAGGGAGGAAGUGAAGGAGCAAGUGAAGGAGGAUGUGAAGGAGGAAGUGAAGGAGGAAGUGGAGGAGGAAGUGAAGGAGCAAGUGAAGGAGGAGGUUAUGGAGGGUCUCGAGAUAAAGCGUAUGAUUGGUGAUGAGAUCGGGCAUGGUGCGGAGGAAGGGGGACAAGAGGAAGAAAGCAGACAAGAGGAAGAAAGCAGACAAGAGGAAGAAAGCAGACAAGAGGAGGAAAUCAAGAUACAGGAAGACGAAGGGAUGUGGGGGGAGGAAAGGAGGGAUGGGGAGGGGAAGGAGGAGAGUGAAGGGGAGGGGAAGGAGGAGAGUGAGGGGGAGGGGAAGGAGGAGAGUGAGGGGGAGGGGAAGGAGGAGAGUGAAGGGGAGGGGAAGGAGGAGAGUGAGGGGGAGGGGAAGGAGGAGAAGGGGGAGGGGAAGGAGGAGAGUGAUGGGGAGGGGAAGGAGGAGAGUGAGGGGGAGGGGAAGGAGAAGAGUGAAGGGGAGGGGAAGGAGGAGAGUGACUGGGAGGUAAAGGAGGAGAGUGAAGGGGAGGGGAAGGAGGAGAGUGAGGGGGAGGGGAAGGAGGAGAGUGAGGGGGAGGGGAAGGAGGAGAGUGAUGGGGAGGGGAAGGAGGAGAGUGAGGGGGAGGGGAAGGAGAAGAGUGAAGGGGAGGGGAAGGAGGAGAGUGACUGGGAGGUAAAGGAGGAGAGUGAAGGGGAGGGGAAGGAGAAGAGUGAGGGGGAGGGGAAGGAGGAGAGUGAGGGGGAGGGGAAGGAGGAGAGUGAGGGGGAGGGGAAGGAGGAGAGUGAAGGGGAGGGGAAGGAAGAGGAUGAGAGGGAAGCGGCAAUGGAAGAGGAGGGUAGAGAUACAGCUGGUGACAGGGACGGGGUGAGGGAGGCGAAGGACGUGGAUGGGGGGCGAAACGGGGAGGAGGAGGAGGAGGAGGAGGAGGGGGGUAAAGAGGCCAUGGGGGGAGGGAGAGGGGUGAAGGGGGAAGGAAGGGAGGUUGAUGGGGGAGGGAAAGUGGAGGGGGAAGAGGGUGAACAAGAAGUACAGGAAGGGAGAGGGGACGUCUAUAUAGCAGCUGAGCCAGAGGGGGAAACGGUGGGGAGGAAGAGAAGAAGACUCGAUCGAGUCGAACCUGACUUGAAGAAGUGCGUUACUCGCAGCCCUGAGAGUGAUGCCUCUCCAGUCAAACCUGACACCUCUGCUGACAAUGCAGGUACUAGUCCGAGUGACAGUAGGCUUGGUGAGAACAGGCUCGGCAGCAGCAGCCUCGGUGUUACCAGCAGCAGGCCUGUGCGAAGGGCUAGCCUUGGCAGAUUCGGGUUCGGCCGAACCAGACUGGAAGAGGGGCUCAGGUUCGGCGAGGAGAUCUCGCCGGUGCUGCUGCUUCACAGGCUUGAAAACCACCCAAAACGCCCCCGAAGCAAGCUGGCUCGGAAGUCCAGGUUCGGUAAAGGACCGCGCCAGACCUACGAGGAAUCGGGUUCGGUUAGGAGGUUCGGCAGUGGUCGGGGGAUGCGCAGGAGGAAAGGCAAGAGUAGUGUGCGGCAAGCUACUGAUGGCAAUCAGGAGUGUGAUAAUAAGGGAGAGGCUAGUAACAGUGGCGGGAUUGACAGAGGGAAAGGCACAGAUGUGGUAGAUCUAGCUAGUGUGCCAGAGGCUGCGGAAAUAGGAGAGAGAGCAGAUGCAGGGGAGAGGGUGGAGGGGAGAGGCGAAAGAGCAGCCGGCAGUAGUCUUGAUGUUUCCCCUCCCCUUCCUAUUCCUCCUCCUCUUCAUCUCUCCCCUCGACGUCCGCCUCCUCCCUCCCCUCGUUCACCCACUCGUGCGGCUGCUCCUACUGACGUCGUUCCAUCCCUACACCCCCCACCAUCCCCACACCCCCCACCAUCCCCACACCCCCCACCAUCCCCACACCCCCCACCAUCCCCACACCCCCCACCAUCCCCACACCCCCCACCAUCCCCACACCCCCCACCAUCCCCACACCCCCCACUAUCCCCACACCCCCCACCAUCCCCACAUCCCACCCCAUCCCCUGUUCUUGCUCCUCUUGCACCUCCUCCUCUCUCUCCUCCCCCUCCUGCUCUUCCUCCUCCUCCUCCUCCUCCUCCUCCUCCUCCUCCUCCUCCUCCUCCUCCUCCUCCUCCUCCUCCUCCUCCUCCUCCUCCUCCUCCUCCUCCUCCUCCUCCUCCUCCUCCUCCUCCUCCUCCUCCUCCUCCUCCUCCUCCUCCUCCUCCUCCUCCUCCUCCUCCUCCUCCUCCUCCUCUUCCUCGUGCUGCUCCUUCCCCACCCGCUCUACCAGCUGCUGCUCCAGUGGAAGAUUGCAUCAAGGUGAUAACAGCGAAGGAAGAGCCUACUACUGUGACUGUAGAGCAUGAACCUCACAGGACUGUGACUGUAAAGGAUGAUCCCCACCGCACUGGGACUCUUGGUGGUGAACCCACUAUUGUGACUGUAAAGGAUGAAGCUGUUGAUAUGGACUCAGCAGCUCCGCUGCCUGCCGCUCGUUGCCGGCCCCACGCCGGGCGGCGCACUGUGGCACAUGGGUUCAUCCUAGCUCGUCCUGCAUUGCCUCUGGCCACAACCCUGCUGCAGCUUGGUGCUCCCUCAGCUGCUGCUACAGCUACCGCUACAGCUGCUGCUUCACCUGGUUCACUGUUUCGACCUGAAGUCUCACCUGGUGGUCGGAUUCCACCUGAGAAGCAGUCAGGGAGUCAGGGGAUUCCAACAGACGCAGCAGCUGAGGGAAGUGGUGAGAGAUUGGCAGCAGGAGUUCCUGCCACAUCAGCAUCACUUGAUUUGACCACACCUGCCACAUCACCUAAGCUUAUCCCCACUCCCACAACAAAAGUCCAUGCAGUCAGUGCCACGUCAGCGGAACGUGUCAUACCUUCCACAUCAGCAGACCCUACCGCCAAUGCCAUGUCAGCAGAGCUAGUCGCUGCCUGCCUGGGAGCCAAUCGCGUGCUGCGAUCGCGUAAGGCAGCGGCAAAGACUUCACAAGGCGCGAAGAGGCCUCAAGGUGUGAAGCCACCACUUGGUGGCAAGAAUGGCGAAUGCGGAGGGAGGAGAAUGGGCCAUCGGGCAUCUCCCCGGGCAGCUGACAAGGCCUCUCCUGUUCCUCCCAAAGUGCAAGAUGAGACCCGAGUGGAAGGAGUAAACCUGAGAAUCUGGCAUUUAUCCAGCACUAGGAAGUUGCUAUCGGAGAGGUGGAAGGGGGAAGAGGGAGAUGGGGAUGGGGAUGGGGAUGGGCAUGGGGAUGGGGAUGGGCAUGGGCAUGGGCAUGGGAAUGGGGAUGGGGAUAAGGAUGAGGAAGAGGAGGAGGAGGAGGAAGAAACACUUGAGGAAAACCAAGAGGGUGGUGGGAGAGAAGAAGGGGUUGAAAGGGGUAGUGUGGAGAGGAGUGGGAGGGGGAGGGGGAGGGGGAGUGAGAGAGGGAGUGAGGAGAAGAGGGGGAGAGGGAGACUGGCUUUGAAGAGCAGACCGGGAAAGAGAAAGGUUGGGAAGCCUCGAGGUAGGGGGAGGCCCCCCAAGAGGAGACGGAAGGAGGAGGAAAGUUCGGAGGACGAGGACGAGGAGGAGGAUAGCGAGGAGGAGAGUGAGGAGGAAGGUGGAAAGGAAGAUGCAGAGGAGGAGGCAGGAGGGCAGGAGGGCAUGAGAGGGGAGGAGCGAGUAAGAAGAGGGGGGAGACACGUGGCAGAGAAGGGCAGGGGUGCUAGUAAUAACAAGGAGAUUGUGGGUCGAAAACCCGGGGAAAAGGAGGGAUUGGCGGAAGAGCAGGUAUGGGGGGAUGGGGGAGGAGGAGGGAAGCAGUACAGCAGGAGAAAGCAUAGGAGGAGGUGAAUGCAGGAGAGGAGAGAGGAUGGGUGACAGGAAGUGAGCACAUACAGGCAACUCAGGUAGGGGGCUUCCAACUCAGGUGGAGGGAGAGAUAGGUGUAGGUUUUGUUGGAGUACCGUAUUUACGCUUUCGAGUGCAACGCAGCAGCUGGUUCCUUACGGUGAUGUGGCGACAGACGGCGUCUCAACUUCCCGUACCGUAACAGCGUCAGCGGUCAGGUCGGCCAUCAGUAGACUGUAGAGGUUUGAUUGAAACUUUGCCACUGCUGGCCUACAGCAAGUUCGCAAUCUGGUUGUAACCUGUAGGAUUUCUUACGGUGCUUUUAUGCAUUGCAGCUUCUUAAUUCCCUAACACUA